AGUAACCAAGUUGGUACGAUCCAGGAAGUGAAAGGUGGCAGUAGGGAGAGACAGGCUCUCUCAAUUGUUUUAUUUUAUUUGGUUUCUGAUUUGAUUUAAUUAUUUGUUAAUAGUAUAGUUUAUUUUUGUUUAAUUCCUGAAUAAUUCUGGGGCCCUGAGCAGGGUUUAUCUGCUUGGGGUCCUGAGUGGAUUGGUGCUUUUGGAAAGGCUCAACAUGGAUGUACGUCAAACAACGGAUUUGGAUACAAAGGAGGACGAACAUACUAACAAAGAUCAACAAAAGGACAACGGACAAAGAGGAAGAACAAAAGGAUCAGUGGAAACAACUGAAGAAGAAAAGAGGACUGAUGAAAGAAAGAACAAUGAAAUACAAAGAAAAUAUUCAAAGGAAGCAACAGUGAUUGUGAAUGUGGCGGAGAUCAAAGAUGGGAAAGCGGAGGAUGUGAUAAAAGCAGUGAUUAACAAAGUUGGACCGAGUAAGGUGCUGGCAGUGAGACCAAGGAUUAACAAGGAAUAUGAGAUUACAUUAACUGACGAAGAAGCCUGUGAGGAGUUAAUGGAUGGACUGAUGAUCAAGGAUGUGAUAACAGAGGUGAGAAACUUACAAACAAAAGAAUGUGUGGUUUCAAUCAUGCACUUACCAGUGUACAUAACGGAUGAGGAGAUACGAGACAAGUUGAGAGUGUGGGGUGUAACAACAAUAUCUGCAGUGAAAAGAAGAUAUUAUCCAGGAACAACAAUCACAGAUGGAACACGUUUUGUAAGAGCUAAGUUCCCGAAAGAAAUUGUUUCACUGCCCUACAGCACAAAAUUUGAAACAGCUGAAGGAAUGCAGUAUUUCAGGAUCAUACACGAUCGUCAGGUGAAAACCUGUCGAUUAUGUAUGAAUCCUGGACAUAUAUUAAUGGAUUGUCCUGAUUUUAAAUGUCACAAAUGCGGAGAAAAAGGUCAUUUUAUAAGAGAUUGUGAUGCAGUCUGUUGUCCAGAUUGUAAAGAAGUAAUGGACAGAUGUGAGUGUUGGAUGGAGGGCGAGGAGGAGGAGGAAGAGCAGCAGGUAGGUGGGCGGGUGCAUGAACGAGACAACGAGCAGCGAGAGGACGAAACAAGAGUACGAGGCGAAGGACCAGAAUCAAAUAACAAUACAGAACAACAGAAAGAGUGUAACGAACAGGACAUACAAACACAACAGGACGGGGGGUUUUGGACUCAGAUGGUUUUGACUGGCAGCUUGCAAAGUGCUUUGGAUACUGUGGAACUGGACGAUCAAAGGAAUAAAGAAUUGAGCGAUGCACAACAGGAGGGAAUUUUAUUUACACAGAUGGAUGUGACUGACAGUUUGCAAAAGGUGUUGGACACUGUGGAACUUAAUGAUCAGAGUAAUAAGGAACAAUCUGCUACAAAGGAAAGUGAACAAGGAAAAGAAAACGAGGAGACACAGGGGAAAGCAUCAAAAAGAAGAAGAUCUGUAAAGAGUAAUAAGGAACAAUCUGCUACAAAGGAAAGUGAACAAGGAAAAGAAAAUGAGGAGACACAGGGGAAAGCAUCAAAAAGAAGAAGAUCUGUAAAGGUAGUGCCCAAUUUAGAGACUGCAAGAAAAAGAGUGCCUAAAGAUGAUGGUAUUGAGAGUACGAAUAAGUAUGAGUUGUUAAAGGGUUUGGAGGAGAUGGACUGA